UGGGUCAGGCUUGGGAAUGCGCAGGUGAGAGGCCGCACCGGAGAGAGGAAAACUGGGAAGACAGAGGCAGAAAGCAGCCGGUGAGGAUCUGUCAGCCUGUGAAGAUCCCUUGUAGAUCUCAGCUGAAGGACAUUCCUGGCAGCUGGUGAGUCAGGCUUGAGCAGCUUUGACACUGGCCUUGGGUGCUGUUGCUUUUUCCUCCCCCACGCAACCUCACACCCCGAAGAAGAGGUCAGCCAGACGGCAGGAGGAAGCAGCCCAACAGUUUGGCACUUCAGGAUCAGGAUCUCUCCCAGUGAGAACUGAGAAAUCUCCCAGCAGAAUGGAACAGGAAAAGAACCCAGGUGUCCAGCUGGCUGCCCGGUGCUGGUUUCAGUCUUAAACAUCUAAUUCUGCCUUGGAGGAGAGUAAUUUCAGCUAAAGGUGAACUUUGAUCACCUUCCAGCAAGAACCAUGCGGGAUUUGAGCAGCUGGGACCUCUUUUCUAAGGGCUUUCUCCUAGCAGCCUGUCUGCUCGGCCUGUGGAUCCCUCUGGUCCAAGGUGUCACCCGCAACGUCUCCAUUGUGUCUAUCCCGGAGAGCCCAGCCGAAGGCCAGAAUGUCACGCUCUCUGUGGCAAACGUGCAGGGCGACAUCCGUCGGGUCGACUGGUUUCGAGGGACAGCCACGGAUGGCUCCACGAGGAUCUUCAGCUACUUCCCCGGGCAGGACCGCCCACAGCGUAACGGGGUCCAACAUUCCGGGAGAGAAUUUGGAUUCCCCAAUGGAUCCCUCCUCAUCGCUGGGGUCCAGCCCAGUGACGUCAAGCUUUAUAACGUCCUUAUCCUGCUCCGGCCCAAAGAGACCCUCAAAGGGACCAUUGAACUUCAGCUGGCCCGUGUGGCCAGUCCACCCCCAGCAACGUCCAGCACACAGACACCUCCCAUGAAGGAGCCGACCAAACCCUCUUUGAUGCUGGGAUGGAUAGUCGCUGGAGUCGUGGUUGGCAUCUUGCUCGCUGCGGCCGUGGGGGCUGUCAUGGUCUACCGGUUUGUCUUGCGGAAGGCAGAUCCAGGCACAGGGAUGAUAGGAAAACUGGAUCCAGGAGUUAAAAAACUAUCAUCACCCAAACAUGAUGAUAAGGAGCCCAUCUACGAGGAGAUGGAUGUGUCCAUGGAAUCACCCAACACAGAAGGGAAGCAGCUACCCUCAUUCUCUGGACCACUCCCUCCUCUGCCAGGUACCUGCCCGACGUUGGACACAAAUUACAUGGAAUUGCUGCGCAGAGCAGAAUCCAUUUAUGCCGAGAUCAGGAGGUGAUGCUGUGGCCUUAAAGGUGCUUCUCUGACACCCCCACUAGCCUUGGAAAACGACCCAUUCCACUAUUUUGGGAUGCGAAUAAUCAAUCUCCUAUAUUUCUGUCCUGUCUUGUCCUUUGCUGGUGGGCUCUAUAUGCUUUCUCCUUAAGACUGUGAAUACAGCGAAGAAUUUCAACCCACUGCUCAGUUCAAAGGUUGUCAGGUCUGGGACUUUCUCUUGACGUGGAAUGGAGGCGCAGGAAGGAACUUGCUGUGGGCUGCACAGUUAGCUCACAUCUUUCCCCCUAAAAACUGGACAAUCAAGCGUGGCUAAAGACUUGCUCCUUCUCAAGGGAUUGGGGUGGGGGGAGGAAAUAUGCCUGGAUGUGAAUGUGAUUGUGUUGGCCCUCUUGGGUUCCAGAUAACCCUGGGAACGUAUUUUUAGCAGCAGUUUGGUGCUCAGCCACACCUUUCUUUCUUUCUUUUUUGAGGGCUGAGCCAGAUCCUCUUCCCCACCCCAUGCAAGCUCCCCAGAGUAGAGCCGGGGGAGAAAUUUGAUUCAGUGUGCAUUUAAAGGCGAACCUACCCUAAUUUUUGCUUUCCAAAACACUAUGCGAAUUGAAAAGCAGCCCUCCUUCGACAUUUGUGCUUCUCUCAUUUUGUAUCAGUUCUCCUGCCAAGUAAUGAGUGCAAAAUUGCAUAUGCCAGGGUAAAGUGGGCACAACAAUGCAUAUAUUAGUGAAAAUAACAUACAAAAAUGCAUUAAAUUAGGGAAAUGUGUAUAUUAAUCUUUAUGACCUAGAUAUUCCUAAGUACUGCAGAGCCUUUACCAUCAGCCUUGUUGGAGGAGAGAUACUUGCGUAUUCCUUAUUCCCAAUGCAUCUCCCUAUGACAAUCGGGUGCUGCUGAAUCAAUCACUCACAUCCUGUUACACUGUACAUAUUAUAAGGACACUUGUUCCUUUUAUAUUGCUCCAGUUUUAAAAAAAAUACCAGAUAGAUCUGACACAUUUUAUACCUUCUUUCUUCUCUCAGAUUUGAGAAACGAAAUAACUUUUAAAGUGGCAAAAUUUUGUGUCUUAGCAUGUACUAUAAGGAAACAUAGUUAAUGCAUCUUAACUGUAGUAUACUAGAUUUUAUUUUUUUAAGGUUGUUUGUAUAUAAGCUAUAUAAUUCAAUCUGUUUGUUUAUAUGUAAUUCUUCUGUCUUUCUGCAUUUAAAUACUUGUGUUUGUAUG